CCCCACGAGGAAGGAAGGGCUGCUGGUUCCUUCCCGCCGAUGGACGCCACUCUCCGCUACUAUUAGCCUCCCAGCCAUCUGUCAUAAUUGUUCUCUGUGCAAUCAGAACCCACAUCCGCCAACACAUCUGCCGUCACUCCAUGCCUUUUCUGUCAUUUAGAGCACGUGACGACCCGUAUAAAUGCAGAAAACGCGGGUUAUUACAGGUAUGUGUGGCUACUGCUGGUCACCAAGCUCUUCCGCUGUAUUGGUGUGUUUGUGGCAUUUGAUGCAGUCCGUUCCAUCCAUGUGGUGUACUUUCUUCUACUAGUGACACUCAUGUGCUGAACAAGCUGGAAAGGACGUUUCUCGUUAUUGUGAGAGGCACGCUAGGGUUACUGAGCCAAGGUGUAGUGCUGAUGAUAUGUUGAGUGAGAAACAACUGGCAAAUAUUCCUUGUUAGUAUCUGUUGGGAACACCUCAGGACGACUUAAACUUGUAUUCCUUACCAAGAAAUGUCAGUUCGUGAAGGAACUCGUCGAAGGAGGAUCUCUAUCCUUCACAUGCUAGGGACAUGGGAGGAGAAGAUUGAAGGUUGUAAUUGUCCUUCUUGUAAAGAGUGUAGUGGUAAAGGUAAAUCUGAGACUACAGUUACAAAGAGUCCAUCCAAGUCCCUAAAAGGUCCCAAGUCUGUAGUGAAGAAAGGUAGUCCCAAAUCAAAAGUGAAAGACACUGAAACAUCACUUGAAGAAAAAAGUGUGCAAAACUCCUUACUGAAGAAAGCUGCAUCAAAGAGUGAAACAGGUGACUCAGUGAGUGAGAGUGCUGUUUGUGAGAAAUCAGCUUCAGCAGACAGUGACAGGGUUUCAGAUACAACACAUCAGAAUUCUGAAAAUUCUGGUGAGAAGGAAACAGUGUUAGUCAGUGUUGAAUCUGAAGACCAGGUCUCCAAGUUACAUGAAAAAACAGUGAACUCAGAAGAACUUUCUUUCCUCAGAAAAGAAUCUGUGAUGGAAGGUAAAUUAAAGCAGAAAGGUGGAGGUGGUGCCAGCAAAACUGUUAAAAAAACACUGAAAAGUUCUCGGAAAAGUGCCACAGCAGAGGACAUUGAUGAUCAGAGCACAAGUGUGAAACAGAAAAGAGUUUCAGAUGAGAUGCUGAUAGACUCCAUUGUGAUCAAGGAGGAGCCUGAGGAGUACCUGUCAGACCUUGACUCUGAUGACAAACCUGGACGGGCAAAGUGUGUGGAGAGGGGCAAGGCUGAGUCACGUUCUAGGAGAGCUAGAAUGGUGACGUCAGAGAUGGAGAACAUUUAUGCUAAGCCUCGCAUGAUCUUUACUGGAAGGGGAGUGGUGAGGAAGUUCGAACCAGGGGUUGACAGGACACCAAAGUCAAAGAGAGGAAGAAAGCCUGGCAAGGCCUUGUUACCCAUUAACAUUAAACAAGAACCAAAGGAAAGUGAAGUGGUGAAGCAAGAGGUUGAGGGCACAGAUCUGGAUGAACUCCAGAAAGCUCUGUCAGAGGCAGCAGAAAAUAUCAGUGAUGUUGGAGAGGAGCUCCUGGAUGCCUUCAAUGAAUUUGGGGAAGCCACAAAGAAGACAAAGCCAAAGAAAAAAGCUGCACCUUUCUUUAAAAGAGUUGAGGGUGAGGGAGAUAAGUAUGUGGAGUGUAAUAUCUGUUUUAAAGUCCUAAAGGAGUCCUCCAUGAAGCAGCAUUACAAAACACACACGGGAGAAAAGCCACACAUGUGCGACAUCUGCCAGUCCAGAUUUACUCGUAAGGGUGAUGUGGAGAGACACAAAAGGCUGGUGCAUAAAAGCCAAAAGCCUUUCAAAUGCCAGAAGUGUAUGAAAGAGUUCUCUGAUCGUAAGAACCUGAAAGCACAUCUGCAGAACCAUGACAAAGCUAUCUACUAUGGUUGUUCCACAUGUGGGUUCAAGUUUGGCAAGAGGGAGUACUAUGAGAACCACAUCCGCUACAUCCACCCUCUGCCUGAUGGAGCCGUGCCAGCGUAUUCUACCGUGGAUGAUGAUCUUGCCACUAAACAGUUGAAGCAGCUAGAGAUGGAAGAACUGAAGGAAAGGAAUCCUCCAAAGAGCAGCAUGAAUGAAAGCAGGGAGUUAGAGUUGGAAGAGCUAGAAGAAGAAGAUAAUGAAGAUGAUGAAGACAUGGAUGAGGAAGAUAAAGCCAUUGAAAUCACAGUCACUGAAAUGGAUGAGCAAAAAUUAUUUUCUCCCGGUGAGCUUAUGAUCAAGAAAGAAGACAGCAUGGAUGGAGAAAGCAUGAAUACCCAGGAAGAGGAUGAGGAUGAAGAGGAGGAAGAGGAGGAGGAGGAGGAGGAGGAAGAAGAAGAAGAAGAAGAAGAAGAAGAAGAAGAAGAAGAAAGUAACACUGUCCUUCCUUCUCCAACACCAGAAGGACAGAGGAGAAAGGUGCCUUCCAACUCUCCUCUUAUGCAGUUCCUUAAAAACAAUCCAUCACAGUCUCCGGCAGUGCGGGGCGGCACCAAUGUCAGGGUAUCCAAGGGAGUGCUCAGCCUCACCCAGACCAUUCCUGACAAUGACUCUCAGAGGGAUGAAGACUUGGUGGACAAGGUGAUAGCAGCAGCAGUGAGUCAGGCCACUGACACUAUUGAAAGCCUCCAGGCAAAGUCAGGUGGCAACAUGUCAGGCAAUGACAUUGAAUUUGGUGAAGAGGAAGAGACUGAGGAGGAAGAAAGACUGGAAGCCACAGAUGAUUUACAGGAGAUCCUGGGCACUCAAAACUAUGAAAUGAUGCCCAUAACUAACAUUCAGAAGACACCUGCCCCACAACCAGCAGAGAUUCACAUCACUGCCUCGGUUAGCGGACAGCAGAGAAAGUUCAUCAUCCAGGUGCCGCCAGGAACCAACCUGAAUGUGCAGAGUCCUGAAGGGAUGGAGAUGAUAGUGAACAUUGUGAAUCAGCUUUGUGCUGGGAAGGGGGAGCUGGAUGGACCCAUUGAGGUGGUGAUGAACAGCCCCAGCAACCGCCUCAUGCUGGUCAACAAUAAGAGAUAGCAACCCUAGUGUGUUAGUGGGCAUUCGGCUCUAGUGAGCAGGCUGUGUUGUGCUAUGAGCCUCAGAUUUGGUUGCCAGAUUUGAGCUGACUGAAAACACAAAGUGGUGGAACUUUAA